AUGUCGGGUAUUUUCGAUGAUGACGAGAUGACACCCUUUCUCAUCGCCAAGCCUCCCGACGAGGAGAAUAUUGGAGCGAUGGACUCACAAUUGGACGUGAAUCAUGGAAUUGCUCUUCAACACAUCGAUGAAUUGUGUUUGGAGGGCAAAAUUACCGCCACCGAGACAGCCAUGUACAAAGCUCGAUACAUUAAACUUCAUGGUGCCCUCAAAAGGUCACGGGACAGUGUGAACAAGCUUCAUGUCCUAAUGAAGUACUGCCAUUCCGAAUUGGAGCGACAAGAAUUGGAAUUGUCGAAAAUGGAACAGUUCCCCGAGAACGCCGUCACCGAGCCGUUGAUGUUGCGUGCACAGAUAAUUAACACGUAUAAUUGUGCUAUGGAGACUGAGGAGCGUGUAGAGACUCUCUCCUAUGAAGAAACAUUGCUGAGGGAGGAGAGAAAACUCCUUAAACGCGACUUCUCCCGUUUUCCCAUGUCUGAGUUGGAGGCGCUUGGAGAGGACAUCGACAUCUUUGCUGAAAUGGAGAGGCGAUAUAAGUCAUUGCAGACGCAAUAUCAGGAGACCUUUAUGGAGAUUGACAUGAUGCGACUGGAGAACAAACGGAGUCGUGAACAACUACGCGUCUCUAAAGAAUUCCUCGAUGAUAUUCGCUUGGAGCAUACAGAGUCUCAACUCCGACUAAACAGAGUGAAAGCGGAUUGCGUUUUGGCGACUGCCCUACCAGGUCAGUACAUCAAGGAGACAGAAAAGGCCCGGAAGUAUAAAUCGGACUUUGAGAAAAAGAUUAAAAGUUUGGAUGCCCAGUACUCCACUUUGGUCGGGCAGAUGGAGAAGUUGGAGAGUGAAUUAAAAUCAGUCACCGCAAACAAUGAAAAUUGUAGACUUGAAAUUGCAAAAAACAAAGAAAAGGUUGAAUUAAACAAGGAGCAAACGGAGGAUUUGAUUCGCAGCUUUGCCAGUUGGCAGGACUUGGAAAUGGUCUCGCGUACUGAAAAAGCCAAGUUAGCCCAACGAUAUGAGACCUUCCUCUCGGAGAAGAGGGAGUACCAACAGGAGCAAAGUAAAUUGAAAUGGGAAAAAGAUAGCAGUGUUAAGCAAAUGAAGAAGGCUCAAGCUCAAAUGGAUACCUAUAAUGCAUCGGUAGCCUUUGAAAAAAUUCGAGCUCGACUAGCAGUCACGCCAAAGUAUGACAAUACGCUUGUCAAACGAAAGGAGAAGUUAAACGAAUACCUUCGAAAUCUGCAUUCCGUAAUCGCUGACGAGGAGAAACGAAUGGCAGCAGAGUAUGUGCAUAUAAAUCAAGCUGUGGUUCUGUCUGAACGUCGAUUGUCUCUGUUGGAGAGAAGUAGGGCGGAGAAUUUGGAACUGCUUCAUUUGGCCACCUCCCUAUCAGAGGAGUUGGCACGUGCAGUGUGUGAAUUCAAUGGAGCCUUCCGCAAGCAUUCGCGCCUUGCUGAAGACUGCCAGAUCAAGCUGCGCCUCAUCGAACGUCAGUUGGAUGAAUUGCAAACACUUGAGACGCGAUUGAAUGAUGUCUCCAACCUCUACAUGGAUGUAAAAAAGGAGAGGAACAACUGUGUUAGUCUCCUCCAAGCGGCUAUUCAAGUCGCCUCAGCAACUCGUGAACGCCUGAGGCAAAAGGGCAACGAGGCGGAAAUACUUCUGACUGCAGCACAGCGAAGUGAAGCCCAAUUAGCAAACGUGAGAUCAACAACUGUCCGACUGGUGGCUCAGAGGGAUCACAAACGUCACGAUCUCUGCAAGGUGGCUGCUGCAGUGGCCGUGCAGAAUGCCAAACGCGAACAACUGCGAUUGAAGUUGAACCGACUGACUCUGAUGCACAAUCAGGCUGAGGCUAGUAGCAUUGCGCUUAAGAAGGCCUGCGAAAGAAAUGCCAAACUAAGAAAUGAGCGAGCGAUACUACUCAUUGAGAGAAAUCAGGAGGUCUACCUCUUGCAGGAGAGAGAAAAGUAUCAAACAAUUGCUAUGGCAUCAGCCAAAAUGGAUCUAAGCGGAUUGGAAGCUGAGUAUCAGACAUCACAGCUCUACCUAAAGCAGAUCCAACACAUGAUUCACCUGUUGAGGGAACAGGUUCCCAAGAAGAUGCACAUGGAGGGCAGUGUCCACGGCCUCAUUCAGGAGUUGAUUGGAAUUCGAGCUCACAAGGCGCAACUGCUAGCGUGGUUUGAGGACCCCGAUCGUCCAGGGCGUCUACGGCUGCUUGGUGGAGUGGACCCCAGCCAAUCGGAGCUGUGGAUUAUCCUUGGCCGACUGGAGAAGCGUCUAGCAGCAAAAGAGGAGGAUCUAGCCGAGAAGAAUCUGACCUAUGAAGCGAUUGGUCGACUUGUUGAUGCUCUUCGUGUCAAGACGGAUGCCAACAAAGAUGACACAUUCCGCAUGGCAAUGAGGGUAAAUGGCAUUCAAUUGAAACUCAUCAAAUUACGCAAAAAAUUGGAGACCAAGUAUGCCGAGCUAAUCAUCAGCAACUUUGAGCACAGAAAAUUGCAAGACGAAGUCAGGAAUAGGGAACGAUACCUGGAUGUUUGCAUGAUUCGCACAUUAAGCGAGAUGGCGCCAAGCAGAGAAAUUGCGCGAGAAUACCGACUGAACAAACGUCGACAGCGAAUUCGCAGAGAAUACAAGGCAGAGAAGGCACGGGGACAGAGAGAAAAAAGUGAUUCGCGUGAUCAACGAAAUGCGGACCCCCUAACAACGCCGACUUGGUGUUCAGAUCCGUCUCCCCCAUCUAGUAUUUCUCCUACCGCCGUAAAGUUGACACAACCAUGUGAGGAUGUUAUUGCGGAGACAUUGUCGAGAGCUCAAGAACCUCUUGACCCUUUAUCAACGCCGACGUGGAGCCUGGAUCUACCUUCCUCAUCAAGCACGCCCACAACUGUCAUAACUCCAUCAAAACUGCGUAAAAAGGUGACCGUGAUGAUCUCCCCUCCCACGGACAUUGAGUCCACUUUCAAGGUCACUGCUGCUGCUGCCGCUGCUAAAAGUGCCUCAGAAUCCCCAGAAGGCAGCCAGUCUGCCUCAUCAGAUGUCUACUUCGAAAAGCCGUCAAAGCAAUCUCGGUUGUCAUCGCAUUCAGCAGACGUGGAGGACGCUACUUGGGAACCGAAUCCACGGAUCUUUCCAAAGAACUUUCGACGGUUAUCAUGUCGCACAUGCAAAAAGAAGUUUGUUCGAAAAAGCGCCUUCCAUUUGCAUCAAUACAGAGAGCACGGAUUGUUGCCUAUUGCCUGCGAAGAGGAGGGUUGUACGCAGCGUUUUGCAAACCUCUCUGAUCUCUUUAAACAUCGCGUUAUUCACGAUCCCGACUGUCGAUGCCCCUGUCCUCAGUGCGACCGCUUUUUUACCUCCACUCACGCUCUCAAGGCUAAUCUUUCAGGAACGAAUCGAAAUGUCUACGACGCUGAAAGCAACUUAUGGCUUAGAACGCAUAAUCGAAUGAUAUACAAGUGCGAGGAUUGCGGCCUCACAUUUCACCGGGUUACCGCGUUCACGCGUCACAGAAGGAAUCGUCAUCCCAAACUCAAAAAGCAGGUGAACCUCGAACCGGAAGUCUUGUCAAAGAAGCAAAUGGAGAGGAUGGAUGCUCAGUUGGCCAGUCUUCCUGUUAUUAUGCCGAAACCAUUGCCAAACAGUCGACCGGCGAAACUUCCUAUUCCACGUCUGCGCUCUUCCUCACGACCAAUUGAGAAGGCGUCUGCACCAUCUUGUGUGCAUCCUGCUCCGACAUCACCAGGGUCGUUGAUCAACUCCUUCCCUGUAACUAGUUUUGUCCCCAUUUACUGCUCACAGGCUCCUACUGUCAGCGAUAAUGGUGUUGACCACCAGAUUUCUCCGCAAAUCUACGCAAUUUCCACCAAUGGGUAUUCACAGCCCACUUACGAAAAUUUCUAUCCUACAGGCUCCCCAUAUUGCGUAUCCCCUCCUGAGCAAGAGGUGGAUAUGAGCGACGGUAAUAACGCCUUCCCAGUUGACCUAAACACUAAUUUCACAAUGCCCCCUGCGGAGAUCGUUGAUCUCAACACCUAUCCAGAAAUCUCCGCUGAAGUUGCCGGUCUCCCGGACUUCAGUUGGUCCACCUCGAAUUCUUACUCUGCAGAGAAUAGUCAAAAUUGGCUUCAGCCUAUCUCACUGUUUACGGACAAUCAGCAGGAGACUGAAAUGAUUCAUGUGGUUGGGGAAGCGUUUCAAGGCGAUCCCGCGAUAAAUCUUUGA